GUCUUAGAGGUCAGCUGACCCCGGCGGGCUCGGAUCCUGAAGCUGAGACCGGCUGUGGAUCUUGAACUGGUGAGGAGGUCGUCACACACAGAGAGUGACCACAUAGGACUCUGUGCAGGUGGCAAGGAACUGAGAGGACCCUUUUCUUCCUGCUCCUACAACCAGCCGUGCUCUGGCUUGGGCGGUUGGCUCCCUUGCAGAGACCCUCCCUCUGCAGCCAUGGUCUGGAGGACAGUGGGCGCCAGCAACUUCUCCAUCUGCCCCAAUGGCUCUAUCCAGUGGAUCUGGGAUGUGUUUGGUGAAUGUGCCCAGGAUGGCUGGGAUGAGGCCAGCGUGGGCCUGGGCUUGGUCUCCAUCCUCUGCUUCGCUGCAUCUACCUUCCCCCAGUACAUCAAAGCCUGCAAGACGGGCAACAUGGACCAGGCCCUGUCACUGUGGUUCCUGCUGGGCUGGAUCGGUGGAGACUCCUGCAACCUCAUUGGCUCCUUUCUGGCAGACCAGCUCCCCCUGCAGACCUACACGGCUGUGUAUUACGUCCUGGCUGACCUGGUGAUGCUGACACUGUACUUCUAUUACAAGUUCAAGAAGCGGCCUUCUCCGUUGUCUGCCCCUAUCAAUUCUGUACUCUUGUUCAUCUUGGGGACGGUGUGUAUCACACCACUGUUGAGCGGCACUGGUCCUGUGGCUGUCCCCAGGGAAGGCUUCCGGGGUCGGAUGCUCCUGUCUGUGGAGCCAGGCAAUAAGCCUUUCACAAAGAAGGAGGUCGUCGGCUUUGUCAUUGGCUCCGUCUCCAGUGUGCUGUACCUGUUCUCAAGGCUGCCUCAGAUUCGCACCAAUUUCCUACGGCAGUCAACCCAAGGCAUUUCCUACUCGCUGUUCGCACUGGUGAUGUUGGGGAACACGCUGUACGGGCUCAGCGUGCUGCUCAAAAACCCUGAGGUGGGCCAGAGUGAGGGCAGCUACCUGCUGCACCACCUGCCCUGGCUCGUGGGCAGCCUGGGAGUGCUGCUGCUUGACACCAUUAUCUCCAUCCAGUUCCUGCUGUACAGAAGCCAUGAUGCUGCUACAGCUGCCUCAGAGCGAGAGCCCCUCCUCCCGAGCUGACCAGCGUCCUGGAUGACAGGAACCUCAGCAGCCAUUCCAGGAAGGAGGAGGUGUGGGCAGGGAGACUGCCGCCGCUGGACUGGCCCUAGGAGGUGGCCUGCAACUCUGGGCCUGGCUGCCUUCAGACAGGCCUGGAGUUGGCUCAUGCUAUACCAGGACCUACCUCUCAGGUAUAUGACGGCUGCCUGAGGAGCCUCUAGGUCGCCCAUAGCUGAGACCCCAGAAGACGGUGUGGCCACUUCCCAUCUACCUACCUCAAUCUAUGUACUCCUGGCUACGUCAUAGUCAGGGCACCCAGGGUUGUCCCUCUGACUGGGCACAACCUAGUAAAUGGUACCUUCUAGCUGGGCCUGUUUUUGCUGCUCCUUCCCACGGUGCUUGAGGUGUAGGCAGGGACCCAGGGCAAGUCCAGCCUGAUAGGGGGACCAUGUGCGUGCAGCCUCCCUGGGCCUUUGGCAUCCUAACUUGUAUCUCUCUGCCCUCUUGUACACAGAUCCUACCCUGGUGUGGGACAUGGCAGCAAAGGGGACAUCAGUGGGCUCUCUGUUCCUGGGGCUCUGGAAGAAGCAGAUAACUAAGGGCAGGAUUUGGUUGAGUAUCUCCAGGGUCUUGGCAUGACCAUGCAACUGCCCACUGAGUCCUUGCCAAGGCUGUGUGGGGGUGAGGUGGUUAGCUCAAAGCGAGGCGUGUAGUCAGGUGUCUCGUAUAGUUGGAACUCAAGAGAAGUAGAGAAGUGGAGAAGAGGGGCAGACUGGUGCCUUCCUGAAGAAGAUGGAGACCAGAAGCCCAGGUGGAGGACAAGGCCAGCAGGAGACAGGCCCAUGGGUGACGAAGGCAGAGAGGAAGGAAGAAAGGUUGCUCCUAGCUGUCUUUGUUAUACCACCUUUUGGGGACAGAGGACCAGCCCCCUUCCCUGCUAGCCUCAGCUUACUCACUACUAUUGUAGGUCUACAACGCCAGUCAGAUGCAGGGGCCACCUGCCAGAGACAGGACAGCCACCUCUGGGUGCUGUUUUAGCUUCUCUGCCCAUAGCUGAAGAGAAGAUCCUGGCACAGAGCCAGGCAAGGCAUGUGCUGCUCCGGGUCCCUGCUCCCCGCCCACUGCUGGCUUCAGGUGAGCAUUGCAGCUCCAUGCCAUCCUGGGCCUUGGCUCUAUGCUAGUUUCCUAGGGCAAGAUGGCACCUUUCCAAGUCCUGAAGACCUGGGGCCUUAGUGUGGCACGUGACCCCAGGUGCAGGCCUGAACUGAAGCUGCCUAGGCAGGAGAAAAUGAAAUGACAGCCCUGCCUGAGAAGCUCUCCUGGGUCUGUCCAGGAGGGGUGACACCCCUUCAUGGGGGAGUCAUGCUUUGCUUACAGGAAUGCCUGUCGUACAGUCUCAGGAAGAUUGCAGCUUCUCUAAACCUUGAUUCCUUCUCUCUUCUGGAGGCUCACUCCAGUGCGCCAAGUAGGGGACAGAGUACGGGGCUUGUAGAUCCUGAUGGCCUGGUUAUUUUAUCUGCUAGGUUCAUGGACUUCAGGAUCUCAAGCCUGUCUCAGCUACCGUGAGCCUUGUGACUUAGGCCAGCUCCCUAAGUCUGUUUCUCUCCCCCACAACACUGAAAACAGCGCGACCGACCUCAGACCCUCUGUGUGCUGCCUGCAUGAGUUGCACUUUUGGUUUUAUGUCCUGGCAUCUGGUUCAUGGGUGAAGAAAGGGUAACUACAUUACUGUCCCCAUCCAACGGGAUGUAGCCACCUUGUACCUCCUCAGGAGGACAGCCAGCUUGGCUAACAUGGCCCUGCUGUAACAAUGGCCCCGUUGCUGCUGAGGGCCAGAAACUCCACAACUGGCUUCCAUGUCUUCUCCUUGGCCCAUACUUCUUGCUUUUUGCAGGUCAAGGAGUGGUGGGCCGCUCGUCCUGAUGCGGCCUGCCAUACCACAGGCUCCUCGGGCCCUUCCUCAGCUUGUGUGUGGACAUUCUGGUUCCAGACCAGGUUCAGCCACAGAAAUGGAAAUAUGCCCUCAAGUCACUCAAGGACGAAGGGGGUUGGGGGGAGGCUGGACCAUGUGCCUGCAAGUGGUUAUUUUGAGACAGGGUUUUCCUGUAGCUCAUACCAGCCCGAAACCCACAAUCCUCCUGUCUCUGCUUCUUAGUGCAGGGACAACAAGUAUAUAUCAUCAUGCCUGGCUUCUAUAAGAUGCCCUGUAGGAAAGCCCUUCUUCUGGCACCUGGCCCUCUACAGUAUUCACAAGGCUUUGCCUCCUCUGAAGUCGAGGGGCAGAAGAAGCUAGAGGCAGAGCCUAGCCAGGCCAGGAUUCUCUGGUUAUUUAUCAGACCUGGGGAUCUCAAUCUCUCCCUGCCCCCCAACUAGGACAGUAUGGCCUCCAGGAAGGGGAGCAGUCCCAAAUCUCCCUUCUCUGUCCCUUUCGUCUGAAUCAGCUUCAUGGCUUCCCAGGGAAGUAAGCAGGUGUGAGCUGGAAUAGGAAGGCUUGAGGCUGCUACCUCAUGGCAGGUACUGCUUUCCCCACAGGUUCCCUGGGCUCAGGUGGUAAGGUCCCAUCCUGUCUCCCAGCCCUGCCCAACAGCUCUAAGGACACAGCUACCCCCAAUUCCACACCUGCGUCAGACAAAUGGGCAAGGAGCAUCUGUUUAUACAUCAUUUUGUCCCCAAGAUAUAGUAGAUGCUCAACAAAAUACCUGAGACAGUCUGGAGGCUCUGGCAGAGGUGGAGACCGGCAUGCCAAUAGCAGGCACAGAGCGACUUUACAGGGUGACUCGUGAAUUAGAGCUUGAUCCACUAUUUGGAAAGGUGCCGUGUUACCUGUACAGUAUUAGCAUUUGAGUGAGGUGUUAGAGGUAGUGAGAAUAUAAUUCUGUCUUGCAACAUUCCUGUGCAUGUACAAUCCAGAGCAUGCAAAGGCCAUCUGUGUAGGAGCUCUGCAGAGAGCUGCUGAAGACAGGCGUUUGCUGGACAGCGCAGAGGGCUAAGUCUGUGCAGGCGUCAUAAUACUUAACCCAGCCCAUUUGCCCAGGCCAUUUUCCAAGUUGGAAAGUUUCACAAAAGAGGCAGAGAUAAUGACAGGAGAGUGUGUCUACCAAGAGACAUUCUAAAUGACACAAAGUAACAUAUGUAGGGGCUUGGGGGUGCAGCUCGGUUAGGAGGGGACUUGCCGAGUAUACGUGAGGUCUUGGGUUCAAUCCCCAGGGUGGCACAGAAUGGUCAUCUGGUGGUGCAUGCUUGAAAUCCCAGCACUUAGGAGGCAGAGGCAAGAUGAGUUCAAAGCCAUCCUUAACAAUAUUGUAAGGCUAGCCUAGGCUACAUGAGUUUCUGUCUUAAAAACAACAAAAUCCUAGAAAUAGUAAGUUGAAAUAAGGCACAAAAACACCAAUGUAGAUAGAUUUCAGAGUUCUGUGAAUUUAUAUAACAUGUUCUGCAUUUUAUGGUUUAUAAAAAUAAUUAUUGAAAACCAAGCUCGGUCAGGGCUGGGAAUCUGGCUCAGUGGUUAAGAACAUUCUGUUCUUGCAGAGGACCAGAGUUCAGUCCCCAGCACCCACAUCAGGCGGCUCACACCCACUGGCAACUCCACCUGUAGGUGAUCUGAUGACUGCCCUUCCCCAGUAAGAAAGAUAUAAAAUAGAAAUAAAAGAAAACCAAUCUUGGUGGCACAGGCCUCUGAUGUUAGCACCGGGAAGGCUGAGGCAGGAAGAACACACUGAAGAAUAGCUUGGGGUCCAAAGCAAGUGACAGGUCAGCCUGGGCAACUCAGCAGACCCUUUCUCAAAGUUAAAAAAAGAAAGAAAUUAUAACCGAGUACAGCAAGGAGACACAAAACUUACAGAGCAAGAAAAAAAAAAAAA